UUUUCUUCAUUUCCUUCAUAAACGUGUGACCUGUCUAUGAUGCGGUGUAAAGACUUCAAGUGGCGGUCCGGUUAACCAUUCAUUGAGUUAAUAUUUCUUUGUAAAGAGCAGUAGAGGCAGAAGAUAAUGACAUCCUCAGGGUACGUGAAUGUUACGCAGAGAGAAGUUUUAUUGUCUCGCAAACAUGGUGCAGACACACGUUCACAGGGCCAACCCGUCAAUACAAGCCUGAAUCCCAGGUGAAACAAGGUGUGGACUUGCUUCACGGGCAUCAGUCUCGCUCCAGACUGACUGAGUUUCAAGCUGUUGACUGCAAACAAAUAAUAAGAAAAAAACCAACAAACAUGUUCUAGUCUACUGGGUUGACGUCUCAAGGCUGUGCACGUCGUUGGUGUAAAGCAGGGGUCACCAACCCUUUUGACACCGAGAGCUACUUAAGGGUACAAAAUAAUCCGAAGGGCUACUUUCCCCGAAAAAAUAAUUAGCAUAAAUCACCUUUUUAAUAAUGAGCCGCCACACGACGUCCACGUGGUUUGAUGAAACCUGAAGCUUUUAUAACUAAAGUAUAUUGAUUGUUCUGAACAACAUUCUGAUUAGGAACAUAGAUUGUGCCGAAAACACGUUCAGUCAUAUGAAAGAUAUUAAGAAGAAUGGGUCCUCUGCACCCACUGUCAGUGUUCAGGCCCUAAUAUUAAUAAGCAGAGUGGUUAUGUUUGCGGGCGUAUUUUAUUAAAGCCCUGGUUAUCCAUUGUUAGAGACAGAAUUUCAGGGUCAUAGUGAUAUUUUAUGCUCAUUUGGACUCUAUCACUGAGAUAAAGAUGAACUCGUUCAGUGUCUAAUAUCAUUCAAUGGAAACAAAUAUUACACUCACUAACCACUACUGACAUUCUGUAACUACCUGAACUUACAGGUCGCUCUGUGCAUCAUUUACUUUGAGCUAAACUCGUUGGCUGUCGUCGUGACUCUUUGAGAGAGACGUUACUUGCAGAGCGAGAAAGCCAGCGCAGCAGCCUCCCCAAGGUCCUAGUGCCUGGGGAUUUUGGCAUUUUUGUUGUUGUUUUUUUGACAGAGCUCAAUGUUGACUAUUUUUAGAACAUGACUUGCGGACGACUCACGCGGUCCCUGCGGGCGACCAGGUGCCCGUGGGCACCGUGUUGGCUACCUCUGGUGUCAAGAAACCGCCAUGUUUCUGAAUCUUUCAGCUGAUUCGUGCAUUUUGGAUUUUGUUUCCGGUAGAAGUGCCUAUUUUUCAGAAAAUUAAAGGCUGGUUGCCGUGCAGAGAUGCACCUGCUUAUCAGCAGCAUCUAGGUAUUCUGUAAACCACCGUCCACGCCGCUACACCACAGCACAGCACAGCCAGCGGUCUAUAAUGUACCCAAAAACCAUACUUGAGUAAAAGUAAAGAUACUAGAAAAAGACUCCAGUCAAAGUAAAAGUCACCUAUGAGAAUACGACUUGAGUAAAAGUCUUAACGUAUCUUGAUCAUUACUGCACUUAAGUAUCAAAAGUCAUUUUCAGAUAUUAAAUGUGCUUGAGUAUUGAAGCAGUAUUGAAAGUAUUGAAAGUACAAGUAAAUGCUGUUAAUAAGAAAGCAAAGGGUCAGAAUUUUUUGAAUGAUGAAGUUUAUUAUUUUAAGUUUUGUGGCCACCAUGAUCAAGGGCAAGGAGUUGUUUUGAAAAUAAUUGGGUUGGCUGUGAUCCAUCCAGGAGCAACCAUGAUCAACAUAAGAUAUUGUACAAAGGUAUAUUCUUGCUACUAUGAACAAUAUGACAGGAUGCACUGAGUACCUAUCUCCUCUUUUUUCUCUCCUUAAGGAUGAAUUUUCAUCUCUCAAUCACACGUUACUAACUCUGCUUUCUCCCCGGAAGUCCUUUUGACUUUACGUCUCAUGGGGUCAUCGGACCCUAUGAGACGGCAUAGAUCCUAUCUGCCUGAUGGAUCGUCUGGGUCGUGGAAUUCCUGCUCAUGACUACGCCACUGUCCUGUUGAGACUCCGCCCACUCCUCCUCCCCACCGCCAUCUGCCUGAUGGAUCGUGGAGGAGAGGGAUCCUCCUCUGUUGCUCUCCUCCAGGUUUCUUCCCUUUUUUUCCCCCUGAAGGGUUAUUUGGGAGUUUUUCCUGGUCCGAUGUGAGGUUUUGGGGCAGGGAUGUCUAUGUGUACAGAUUGUAAAGCACUCCGAGACAAAUUUGUAAUUUGUGAAAUUGGGCUAUACAAAUAAACUGAAUUGAAUUGAAUUGAAUGAAGGAGUUGUAACAGUGUGUUUAUAAUUCUCAUUCUGACUAGAGGAUGUAGAAGGCAAAUAAAUAAUAGCAAAUAAUCUCAACUUGAUGCAUCAGGUCAGAGUUUUGAGAAAGGACUCCUGGCUUGUAAACUCCUCUGGGCCUCUUUGAACACAAAGGUCUUCCAUACCAGUGACGUGCAUUGAGGUUCAUGGUUGGUGAGGCACUGACUCCUUUAGUGUCAGAUUUACAAAUAUAUAAACCCAAAAGGGUAGCUUAUUCAAUUGGCUACUGGUUAUUUCAUGUCUCAUCAGCAUUCUCCACACACGCGCACACACGCACACGGUACAUAUUACAGAUACAGGUAAGAACACGUUUGAAGCAAACCUUUUAGCUCCGGCGUUGGUCUACCUGUGUUAAUCACGUCCACUUUUGACUGAAAGUCCAGUUUUGAGACAUUUUUAAGCUUAGAUAUAUAAUCCUCUUCCAUGUUGGCAGUCUGGCGCAGCAAAAUACAAAAACAAACGGACUUGACUGGCCUGGCGCCUCAGCGUAGAAGAAGCAGCAACAAGUACCCGUUGGCUCACGAGUGCCCCCUUCUGUGAGGCAGAGUAUUAUCUGCCUCACCCUGCGCCUUUUCACUGCGGUUUUAUUUCCCAUAAGCAAAACUUAAUGUCCCUUACAAACAUUAAACUGUAAUUGGUUAAAGACCUUAGCCAGACUGUGGAAAAUCAGGGCAAAUAAACAUACCUGCAAACAUUAUAUUGGCGACAUGCAGAGAUAUGGCAACCCGCACGGGCCAACUGCAUCAUCAACCCAGUUUGUGAUGGAUUGCGCAAUCAGAGGUUAGGCUCGACUCGUCGCCUCAACUCUCGUUUCAUCCUGUAUUUGAACAGGAAAUAGGCAAAUUUAGCGAUUUUGACAAUAAAAUGUUCGAAAUUAGUCAUACAUAAAGAUCGGUGGACAAAUAUAAAUAUAAAUUUGAUGUUAUCAUUAUUUAUUUAUUUUACUUUUUAAAAAACUUUUUUACUCAUGAUGACAGGUGAGGCUCUGUCAUCAAAAAUUAAUAAAUUCAUCCAUUGUAUAACAGAGACUCCAAGUCGUGCAAAACUGUAGAAACGUGUCGUUUUGUCUGGAUGUGGUCUGAGUCACAGUCUCACGGACGAACUCACCGCCUGGAGGUUCUGGGGGGACUUACGUAUUUCCUUCACCGGUGGUUCUGCAUUUUGUCUCCAUCUUAAAUAGAUGGGUAGAGGAAGUGUUUGAAGACACUUCCCGUCUGUGAACUCGCAGAAACUUGUUUGCCGUUUCUUAAAACAUUAAAAGAAUGACACGGCGGACUUGUCGGCACACGCUUCCUGUUCCAGAGCGAUGUUUACGCCGAUCUUCUGCAUCGCUCUGGGUGUUGCGAUCGGCCCACACACUUUUAAAGUAGCAAACACCACGAGUCAGCAUCUGUAGAUUAGACGUUGAAGGAUCGGGGAUGAGUCUCGCGGACUGCUGAACCUUCGGCGAUGAGACUUUUGAAAUGUUUUAUUUUGCAGGCUCCUGGUCAGCGCCCCGUGGAGCGGUUUCAGCCAAAACAGGAAGGGGAAUGUUUACAAGUGUCAAGUCUCGGGCUCCAGAAACAGCUGUGACAAGCUUGACCUUCAAGACUCUGUUUAUAUCCCCGAUGUUAAAAACGUCAACGACGAGAUGUGCCUGGGUUUGACUCUGACCCGGAUGCCUGCAGUCAACGGUGUGAUGAUGUGCGGCCCUCUUUGGGGACAACGCUGUGGCGAUCAGAUCUUCUACCCAGGAGUAUGUGCAAGACUGAACCCCCUCUUCCAACCUCAACCCGCCUUCUCUCCUGCCAUCCAGACAUGCGGAGGGCCGAUGGACAUUGUGAUAGUUCUGGACGGCUCCAACAGCAUUUACCCGUGGGCUCCAAUGAACGAGUUCCUCCGGAAAUUGAUACCUGCACUCGACAUCGGGCCCAAAAACACACAGGUCAGCGUCAUUCAGUACGGCGUUGAGUCCAAGUUUGAACUUAGACUCAACGAGUAUAAAACCAAAGAUGAGUUGUUGGCUGCGGUGUCCAGAAUCACACAAAUGUACGGCUCUUCUACCAACACCUUCCAUGCCAUCCAAUAUGCCAGUCAGUGGGGUUUCCACGAAAGCAACGGCGGUCGACCCGGCGCCGCCAAGGUGAUGGUGGUCAUCACCGACGGGGAGUCUCACGACAGGUCUUUCAGAGAGUAUGUCCUCGCCGACUGUGAGAAGCAAGGAAUCACCCGCUUCGGUAUCGCUGUCCUGGGUUAUUACACCAGAAACAACAUCAACACAGACAACCUGAUAGAAGAAAUCAAGUCCAUCGCCAGCGUACCCAAAGAGAGGUACUUCUUCAACGUGUCGGAGGAGGCGGCCCUCUCCACCAUCACUGGAGCGCUGGGCAGCCGCAUCUUCAACAUAGAAGGCACCGGGAAAGGGGGGGACAACUUCGAGAUGGAGAUGUCCCAGGUCGGAUUCAGUGCUCACUACGCCAGCCAACAGGAUGUGAUGAUGCUGGGAGCGGUGGGGGCCUACGCUUGGAGCGGGACUGUCGUCCAUCAAAAGGGGUCGAAAGCGAACGUUCUCCCCUUCUCGGCCUUUGCGGGAACACUUCAGGACAGAAACCACAGCUCGCUACUGGGUUAUUCUGUCACCACGCUGAGCGACGGGCUCACAGAAUACUUUGUGGCCGGCGCACCUCGCUCCAACCACUCGGGACAAGUUAUCGUCUACACCGUCAACGCCCAGACGCAACCUGCCAUCAUCGACUCGGAGAGAGGGAAACAGAUCGGGUCGUACUUUGGCAGCGUCCUGUGCCCCCUGGACGUGGACAGAGACGGGGUGACGGACCUCCUGCUGGUUGGUGCGCCCAUGUUCAUGAGCGAUCUGAAGCGAGAGGAAGGCAGGGUCUACCUCUUCUCUGUCACCAAGGGUAUACUGAACGAGCAAGGAUUCCUCAGUGGUCCGCCCCCGACUGAGAACGCGCGCUUUGGGACGGCCAUCUCUGCCGUUCCGGACCUGGACCUGGACGGUUACAACGACGUUGUGGUUGGAGCUCCUCUAGCGGACAGCGGGAAAGGCGUCAUCUACAUCUACAACGGGGAGAAGAAGGCCUUAAACAAGCAGUUCUCACAGAGAAUCUUUGGCUCCAAACUGGAUCCUCAGUUGCGGUAUUUUGGAAGGUCCCUAGAUAGCUACAAAGAUCUGAAUGGUGAUACGAUCCCUGACAUCUCCAUUGGCGCAUAUGGCAAAGUGGUGCAGCUCUGGUCCAGAGGAGUGGCGUCCGUCUCGGCUCAAGCUUCUUUCAACCCCAAUAAAAUCGACAUCUUCAGCAAACCCUGCAACGUUAAUGGCCGAAAGCUUUCGUGUUUCAACACCAACCUCUGCUUCAGAGCUGCGUUCAGGCCCAAGAAGCCUGUGGGACCCAUUGAUAUAUCCUACACGCUGACUCUGGACGCUGACCUGCAGGCUUCACGAGUGACGUCAAGAGGACUGUUCACUAAAAACAAUGAACGCCUCCUCACAGAAAAAGCGAAAAUAUCCUCUGCGCCCCUGUGUCUGGACUACCAGGUUUAUGUUCAGGAGGCUCCAGACUUUGUCAAUUCCCUCAGUCUGAAAGUAGAGGUCGAGCAGCAGAAUGCAGACGUGAACCCCGUCCUCGAUGUGUCAGCUCCAAUGGCCUGGGAGUUCUUUGUCCCAUUCACAAAAGAGUGCGGCUCGGACGAAGUGUGUGUCAGCGACCUGGUGCUGAGCGUGAAGACGGACACGAGAGCUUCCAGCUCGGCUCCCGUCCUGGUCGGCGCCAACAACCAGGAGCUGUCGUUCAAAGUGGUCGUGAAGAACAGGAAGGAGAACGCGUACAACACUCGGGUCUCAACGACGUUUUCCGGCAACCUCUUCUACUCGUCCGUCUUCCCUCCCAUGGACGAAGUCGAAUGCACCUCGACGCAAACACAGACCGUCAGCUGCCAAGUGGGAUACCCGGCAUUAAAAACAGACCAAGAGGUGAAAUUUCAGAUGAAUUUCGAUUACAAUCUCGAACAGUUGCAAAACCGAGCUGAGGUGAAGUUUGAGGCCAAGAGUGAUGGUAAAGAGGAAAGACCUGCAGACAACACGGUGGACAUGUCCAUUCCUGUGCGAUAUGAUGCAGGGAUUGUUUUAUCGAGGCAGUCCAACAUCAAUUUCUACGUGGCCGAUGUCGCCGUUCCCGUAGUAACAACUGUGAGAAGCCUCGAUGACAUUGGCCCAGAGUUCAACUUCACGGUGAAGGUUUCAACAAGUAACUUCCCCGUCAGCCUCCUGUAUCUGACCGUCGCUCUGCCGGUGACCACGAAAGGUGGAAAUCCGCUCCUCUACGUCACUGGCGUGGACACGCAAGUUGGCGGCGCUUUCAGCUGUGACGCCAGCAGCCUGGUGGAUCCUCUGAAGAUCGGCGUGAAGAGCCACACCGCCUCCUUCUCCGAGGAGAGUCUGAGAGGCACGGAGAAGCUGGACUGCAAGAGUGCAAAAUGCGAGUACAUGAAAUGCAUCCUCAAGGACACGGAAACUAAAAGCGACUACUUCGUGAAGGUCAAAACGAGGAUCUGGAGUGGCACAUUUAUCUCGGCCGCAUAUCAGACCGUCGAGCUGACCUCCGAGGUCGAUGUCGAGACCCCGAACCCCGACCUGCUCGUCAUCGGCCUCAAGCGGCUGCCGGUGGUGGUGACCAUCAGCAAACUCGGAGAGAAAGGCGAAGUUCCGGUGGGAGCGAUCGUCGGCAGCGCGAUCGCCGGACUGCUGCUGCUGGCUCUCGCCGUCGGGCUGCUCUGGAAGUUCGGGUUUUUCAAAAGAAAGUACCAGCAGCUUCAGAGGGAGGCCGAUGAUGAAGACGAUGAGCAGAGCCACCCACAUGUAGACGAGGUGCUGUGAGCUGAGGAGAACCCCCCCCCCCACACACACACACACACACACACAGUGGAACACUGGCAACACGUCACGGCUUCUCGUGAAGUGCAAACGGACUGCGGCUCAAUCACUGGAUCGGCUAAUUUAAUGGAGGCUUUUCAGUUUGUGGAUGACUGGGAUUCAAACCUCUGUCCAAUUUUUCAAUUAAAAUUCAAUUCAGUAUAUUUUGUAUAGCCCGAUAUCACAAAUUACAAAUUUGCCUCAAAAGGCUAAACAAUCUAUACACAUUCAAUAUCCCUGACCGGAUCAGGAAAAACUCACAAGAAAUAUAAAAAAACCUUGAGUGAAGAACCCUUCAGGAGAGCAAGAGGAGGAUCCCUCUCCAGGAUGGACAGAAGACAUGAUGUCAUGUGUACGGAGUUACAACACAUUCAAUGAAUAUGACAGAGUGUAUGAAUAUGUAUUUAACUUUCCUUUUUUUUAAUACAUUGAUUACUUCGUUGUUUUAGCUUUGUGGACUGUACAUCCCGGUGACUGUUCUGACUUUGUAAGAACUGUAUUUUUAUCGCGGAUUAAGUUGUUUUAGAGUUUUACACUGGAAAGGCAUCUACCCAACGCCUUGUGUUUAUACAAACUUUUUCUUGCCGAAACAAUAGCUAUCCUGUGACGAGUGAAAUCUGUCGCUGUGUUUGUACAUUCUGUAAGAUAAAAAUGAUGAUCGUUCAUAUUGGGUUUUAUUAUGAAAAGAUUAGAGGCAAUAUGGGUCAAUGGAAUAGCUACUUGUGUUGUUGUUGUUGUUGUUUUGUUCUUGAAUAUUGUUGUUGUUUUUUACCACUUGUGGCACAACUUGUGUGCACAUUUAAGUAGCAUAUUUUGUUUUCAUUAUGUGCGGAUAAUUGUUUCUCGAUUAAUGUUUUAUUUGCCUCUUCAAUUUCAGAAAAUUGUUUCAAAACUAAAGUGACCAAAAACAAAAAAUAGCACUUUUCUUUUCAGAACGCAGAUUGAUUCAAUUCAAUUCAGUUUAUUUUGUAUAGCCCAUUCUCACAAAUUAUAAAUUUGUCUCAGAGUAAUUUACAAUCUGUACAUAUAGACAUCCCAAAACCUCACAUCGGAUCAGGAAAAUCUCCCAAACAACCCUUCACGGGGGAAAAAGGAAGAAACCUUCAGGAGAGCAACAGAGGAGGAUCCCUCUCCAGGAUGGACAGAAGAAUAUAUGUCAUGUGUACAGAAGGACAGAUUAGAUUUAAAACACAUUCAAUAAAUAUGAAAGAGUGUAUGGAUAGUUCUAGUAGGCAUGGACCACGAUCCAGACCUCCGUGCAGUGCCGCUGCUUCAGCUAGCCAUGUUGGUGCCCUAAGCAAUUAAACAUCUCUCUUUUUCUGCCUGUUUUGUGAUAUAAAUGCCUAAAAGGUGCCUAAUAUUUCUAUACUGAAAUAAUAUCGGCAUUAUAAUUAUUAUAACUAUGGUGAUUUUUUUCGUUGCCUAUUUUUGGUGCCCCCUCAGGACUUGCUGCCCUAUACGUACAGCUGUAGCUCAGUGGGGUAAGAGGGCUGUCCUGCAACCGCAAGGUUGUGGGUUCGAUCCCCGCUCUCCCCAUUAGUUGCAAGUCGAAGUGUCCUUGAGCAAGGCACUGAACCCCCAGUUGCUUCCCGGGUGCAUCACUGCAGCCCACUGCUCCUUAAUAACUAAGGAUGGGUUAAAUGCAGAGAACAUAUUUCAUUGCAUUUAGUCAUUGUACUCUGUGCAAUGACUAAAGAUAGAUUGAAUCCAAUUGAAUUGAAUCCAAUAAAGUGUA